GCAGUCUCCAUUACCAUCCGUAUAGUCCUAGGCUUCAUGCUUGUGGCUCUUAUUUGGGAGUUUGACUUUUCUCCUUUCAUGGUCCUCAUUAUUGCAAUCCUAAAUGACGGUACCAUCAUGACCAUUUCCAAGGAUAGAGUCAAGCCUUCCCCAAUUCCUGACUCAUGGAAACUUAAGGAGAUCUUUGCUACUGGAGUUGUUCUUGGGACGUACAUGGCUCUCGUUACCGUUGUCUUCUUCUGGCUGGCUCAUGACACCACCUUCUUCCCGGAUAAAUUUGGAGUAAGGUCAUUACAAGGCAAAAACGAGGAGUUAAUUGCAGUUUUGUAUUUGCAAGUCAGUAUAAUUAGUCAGGCUCUCAUAUUUGUUACUCGAUCAAGGAGCUGGUCCUUUGUGGAACGUCCUGGACUUCUUCUUCUUAUUGCUUUCUUUGUUGCCCAACUGAUUGCAACCUUAAUAGCUACUUAUGCACAUUGGGAAUUCGCGAGAAUUAAAGGCUGCGGAUGGGGAUGGUGUGGAGUCAUUUGGAUUUACAGUAUCGUCACAUACAUUCCUCUUGAUAUCCUCAAGUUUAUCACCCGCUAUACCCUUAGUGGCAAAGCUUGGAACAACAUGAUUGAAAAUAGGACCGCUUUCACAACCAAGAAAGACUACGGUAGGGGAGAGAGAGAGGCCCAAUGGGCUCUAGCUCAACGUACGCUUCACGGGCUUAAACCACCAGAGUCAAUGUUCGAAGACACGGCAACCUACACCGAGCUCUCUGAGAUCGCUGAACAGGCCAAGAAACGUGCAGAAGUUGCUAGGCUACGAGAAGUGCACACUCUGAAAGGCCACGUUGAGUCGGUAGUGAAGCUCAAGGGUCUUGACAUCGACAAUCUUAACCAACACUACACCGUCUAAGCCAAACUACAAUGACAUUCAAUUAUUCGACUGGGGACACAUGAUGAUGAUCUAAGCAAUAAAGUUGGAGAAAAUGAAAUCUUAAAGAUAAAAAAGAAGAAAAAGAAAAUUCCGAUCUGGAUUCUCCUUCGGUUUCAAUUUCGUUUUUUCUUGGUAAAAACAUGAUAUAAUCAGUGGAACGCUUCAUAACUUGCGAAAAAAUGCAAAAAAGAAUAAGACGAAGAUGGUAGGCUGGAUGAAUGAGAUGGAAUAAAGGAAAGAGAAGAGACAUCAUCAUGUGAUGAUACACUCGUAUUCAUUACUUAUUAGUAAAACCAUAUUUGUUUCUACUUGUUUUUGUUAUAAGCUUUUUUUAUUUAUGUUCCUUUUUCUUAAUAUAAGAAACUAAAUUUGAUAAUGAUAGGAAUAACUUUUUUUCAAGAAGCUUUUUUUUUUUUGAUUCGGCGAGUUUAGUUGGUACUAGAUUAUGAUUCUGCAUCCUACCAAAACAAGAGUGUGAU